UAGGUUCCAAACUGUGUUGCGAAGGUAAAUGGCAGUAGGAGAAGAAGAUGAGAUCAGAGAAUUGCAGUGGAACGUCGGUGAUUGCUGUCAAGCGACGUUCAGGGGAGACGGCAGGCUCUAUCAAGCGAUUAUCAAGAAAAUAAGAAAGAAGAAGUCGGGACUAGUCGUAGCGCAAGUCGAAUUCAUAGGCUAUGAAGAAGAUGGUCUUGAAACCGUUCUUAUCUCAGAUUUGGUACCUUUACCAAAACACUGUAGAAGAGCCGUUUUCUUAGGUUCAUCUCAGGACACUAUGAUAAAAACAGGCAUCAAUAGCAACAUAACAAAUAGCUUUUAUACUAGAAGAUCAGAGGGUCUGUUGCUACCACAAGAAGUCAAAGAGAAAUACGAGUUGCUGGAAAAAGAAUCUGUGUUGAAUGAGAUUAGACACGGCCAUGAUUUCAUAGAUGACAAAGUAAAGAAACCAGUCAAGGGAAAGAAAAGAAGACAAACAGCUGCAGGGGAUAGAGAAGAAGAAAGUAAUCAAGCAAAAAUUGCAUCAAAAGGAUGUGACAACGUUAAGCCUGAAAUGUCACAUUGUCAAUUGGACACAGACUUUACUAUUGAUGGGUUUGAUGAUGUGUUGGAUAAGCCAUGUUUUGAUAUGGCUCCAGUCAGACCUCGAUUGUCAUUCAGACUGUCUUCCAGUGGAGACCCAGUUGUUGAGAUUCCAGCUCCGUUGAAUCAGUAUUUACGAGACUACCAGCAGUUGGGUGCUCAGUUUAUUUAUGAUCACUAUAUGAUGAACCAAGGUGUCAUUCUUGGUGAUGACAUGGGCUUAGGAAAAACUAUUCAGAUCAUAGCAUUUUUGGCUGCAAUGUUGAAGAAAAGCAAUACAAAAGAGGACAUAGGCUUGUGGAAACGGAAACGCUUGGAACAGGAUCCAUCAAGCUCUUGUGAUCAUCAUCUGUUUCUGAUUGUCUGUCCUGCAUCAGUUCUCUACAACUGGAGAGAUGAACUUGACACAUGGGGACAUUUUCGUUAUGCCAUCUUUCAUCAAAGUCAGAAGGAUGAUGCACUGGAUCAAGCUCGAAAGAGAAGCAUUGAGGUUAUGUUGACUACAUAUGACACAGUCAAACGAAACAGGGAUUUGCUUGAGUCUGUAAGGUGGUCGGCUGCGAUAUUUGAUGAAGUUCAUCGUCUCAAGGAUCGUAACACUCAAGUCACCAUUUGUAUGAAGUCAAUCAAUGUUGGAGUUCGGAUUGGUUUGACUGGCACUGCUGUACAGAACAACCUAAUGGAGCUCUGGUGUCUUUUAGAUUGGGCUAAUCCAGACUGCCUUGGAUGUGCUGCUGAUUUUGAAAAACAUUGGGCCAAACCCAUUCAAGAGGGUCAGAGGUUUGACAGCACAAAGAGAGAACUGGCCGUUACUCGAACAAAACAAGACCAGCUAAAUAAAAUUAUUGGAAAAUGGUUUGUACGUCGAACAAAGUCGAUAAUUGCAGAUCAACUACCUUGCAAAGAUGAGAAGAUUGUAUUUUGUCCACUUACACCAUUGCAAGUUAGCGUUUACGAAACAAUGCUGAAGAAUGUGGAGUUUCAGCUAGUUAUAAGAGCAAUGGAGCCAUGUGACUGUGGGAGUAGCAAAAGGAGAGGACAAUGUUGUUAUAAGUCUAAUAGCGAAGGCAUCAAAUGGCGUUACCUAAUUUUGCCAUUUCUUACUCUCCUCACAAAAGUCUGUAAUCACGUUGGCUUACUACUACCCCAGUCAAAAGCUUCAGUAAAGCAACAACACAAAGCUGAAGAGAUCUGUCAGGAAGUGUUUGCUAAACACCAUGAGUUUGUCCACAUGACCAGACAGGCUUCUUUUCAGACCUUGUCUGAUCCUACCUAUUGUGGAAAAAUGCAGGUCUUGGACAAGUUGCUCCAGGUCUUUAAAGCAGAGGGCAGCAAAGUUGUAGUGUUUUCACAGUCAACUCAGGUGUUGGCCUUUAUAACAGACUUUGCUGUGUCUUGUGGGUAUGAAUAUUGUCGAAUGGAUGGAUCAACUUCUGUGAAACAGAGGCCAGCUAUUGUGCGCAGUUUCAACAAAGACAAAAACAAAUUUCUCUUCUUGAUUUCCAAAGGAACGGGAGGCGUUGGACUUAAUCUUACAGGAGCUAAUGUUGUUAUUAUUUAUGAUCCCUGUUGGAAUCCUCAAACAGACAUGCAAGCUCAAGACAGGUGCUAUCGUUUGGGUCAAAGUCGAGAUGUGAGAGUGUAUCGCUUCAUUUGCCAGGGUACUGUAGAAGAAAACAUCUACUUGAGAGAAGUGUACAAACAGCAACUGUCUGUUAUGACCUUGGAUGGUGAACUUGCACAGCGUCAUUUCAAUUGUGUUGCUGGAGAUAAAGAUCGGAAAGGAGAACUAUUUGGUUAUGAGAACAUGUUUAAAUUAAGAGUGGGAGACUCUUGCUUGACUGUAGACAUCUUGAAGCGAACUGCAGAACUUUUCCAAGGUGUACAGACCACACGAGAUGAGCUGGCUUACAGUCGACAGAGAUGUAACGAAGAAGUCAGACAAAUGGAGUCUAUCGAGGAUCCACACAAUGAUGAUGACCUUUACUCACUAACCUCAGUUGCUAGUCAGCUGGCAUCAGAGGUAGGUGAUGAAACAAGCCCUGAAACAGAAAGAAAUCAGCAACAAGGUUCAGCUACAAAUUCAUCUAAUGAGGGAGAUGAAAAUAGGUUUGGAAAGAAUACAGCAGUUGACUCAGCACUGGUUUCAUGUGGAGUGAAAUAUACUCAUGCGAACGAUUUAGUGGUGCGGUCUACAAGGCUUGAACAGAAAAUAUCUGCACAAGCAAUAGAAGAUGUGAUGGAGCAUCAUCAGAAUUCACAAGUUGCUGCCAAUGUGUUUUGCAUGAAGAGUAACAAGAAGCAUGACAGUAAUGAUAAGAAAAGGGUCAAUCCUGGAAAACGCAAAAGAGUUUCUUGUGCUGCAGACCGUUCAAAUGUGAGGAUAAGUGCAAGUCCAGAUAAUCAGAAUGAUGUCCCUGGAGUGGUUGUUGGCAGAACACCAACUGCUGUAAGGCAUGAACACUUUUCUCGUCUUGUUGGGAUUAUGCAAGUUGAUUCACCACUAAGAGCUGCAGAGAUCAUUAUAUCUAGUAGUUCAGAAGAGAGGAAAGCAUUGCUGCAAAAGCUAUAUGCUGACACACCAUUGGGUCAGUUAAACAAACAGGUGACUGGAACAGGAAGCAGUGACAUCAAUUGCACUGUUAGUCACGACAAGCAAAUACAAAGUUCAUUAAGUGCUAAAGGAAAUGAAUUACCCAACAGGGAAGAUGUGGGAAUAGUUGGAGGAAUUUCUGUGUCAAGUGAGAGAGAAGCUGGUAUCUCUCAGUCUGUGAUUUCCAAGUCAUUUUCUAUAGCUUCAGAAGACGUGGACAUCAAAACUGCUCACAACAGAACUGAAAUUGGAGGUGAUGUUGCAUCAACAGGCCUUUCUUUAAAUCCUGUAGCCAUAGUAGAUAUUGAUGAAUUCCUAUUUGGCUAGAACAAAAAUAAUAGUAAAUAUGAACAAUGGUACAUGUAAUAGUAAGUAAUGUAGUAAUAUGACAGUUGUACAUCAGAAUGGUGACAUUUUACGUUAUAUAAUUGCCGAGCGUAGUUUUGUAAUAAUAUAGUGAUCAAACUUUAGUCCAUUGUACUAAUGCUACUUGAAUAUAGAGGUUGAGGGGUUUGAUCACUUUCUGCAUACAACAAAAUAAGGCUUUUGUACG